AAAAUAAACGUUUACUGGUUAUUUUGGAACAAAAAUACCAGGAACAUCGUGACAUCUCCAGUUGCGAAAUAAAUUUAAUGAGGUGCAUGGGAUUAUAUGGAAUUGUAUUCAUCGCGCAAUCUAUGAAAUUGGAAUUCUUAUCAGACGUUCAUGUAAUAGGAAUACUAGUUCCCCACACAGCAGCUAUUUGGAACAUCUCAUUCCUUGCACCACCGAACAAAAACAGGUUUUUGAAAAAAGUGGGCUCUGAAUAUCAGACUAGACUACAAUGACAAAAAUUACAAAUAUCUGCUGUCUUGGUGCAGGAUAUGUAGGUGGCCCAACAUGCAGUGUGAUUGCUUUGAAGUGUCCGGAAAUAAAAGUCACAGUAGCUGAUUUGAGUAAAGAGAGAAUAGCCCAAUGGAACUCUGAAAAAUUACCUAUAUAUGAGGUAAAGUUUGAAUUACCACAAGUGAUUCCGUUUGCUGUAAUUCCAUUAAAUAGGCAGCCAUUGGCUUAUAUUGAAUUUUGUUUUGGACAAGGCCCAUCUUCUAUUGGUAGGGGCCCAAAAGCAUAUUUUUUUAAUAUAUUAGGUACUAUGAGUCAAAUUACAUUUUUGAAAUUCGUGCUGGUAUCAUCAUCCCAAAGACCACUCAGAAACGUUAUUCAACCAGCUUUUGGAAGAGCUGCCGAUCUGAAAUAUGUAGAAGGUGCGGCAAGACGAAUUGCAGAGAUAGCACAAAGUGAUAAAAUUGUUGUUGAAAAGAGCACAGUUCCUGUAAGAGCAGCUGAAAGUGUUGCCAAGAUCCUAAUUGCGAAUCAGAAACCAGGAGUGAAGUACCAAGUACUUUCAAACCCCGAAUUCUUAGCUGAAGGUACUGCUAUCAAUGACCUUUUAAAUGCUGAUAGAGUUCUUAUUGGUGGUGAAGAAAGUACUGGAGGAAAACUUGCAAUUGAAGCUUUAUGCAACGUUUACGAACACUGGAUACCAAGAAAAAAUAUCCUAACAACCAACACAUGGUCAUCGGAGUUAUCAAAACUAUUCCCCAAUACAGUGUUACAUCUUGUAAGAUAUUUAUUGCAGUUUUUUUUUCUUGGUAUAGAGAGGUAUGACCUCUCCGAGAACGUACAAAAUCACCUCAAUAAUAGUACACAAAUUCAGGCAAGAAAUUCUACAAUGGUAUUGAUGAUAAACAUUGAUAUAUUCCAGGUAGAAGAGAAUCAAAUUUUUGAAGACCUGACCCACCCAUCAGUUUGUGAAUCUCCUGAGAGAGUAAGAAAAAAUGUUACAAUUCAUCGUGAUGCUUACAGUGCUUGUGAGGGUUGCCAUGCAAUUGUAGUCUGUACCGAAUGGGAUGAAUUCAUUGAUCUUGACUACCAGAAGAUUUAUCAAAAAAUGAUGAAACCAGCCUAUGUUUUUGAUGGCCGCAAAAUACUUAAUCACCAGGAUCUCAAAGCUAUUGGUUAUCAUGUGCACACUAUUGGAAAGAGGCUUUGAAAACAUAUGUAUUUAAGAACAGAUCCAGUAUAAUAAUUAGGUACUUAUAAAUAUCAAUAUGCAGGCAUGGUAGAAGAAAAAACAGCCCAGUUGAAUCGAGAUCAGAUCAUAGUUUAUCACUUUCCAAAUUUUUUUUACUUCAACGUUAGUGAGCUGAGAGCUUUUGAUAACGACCCACGAAACAGCAAAAAUAGUUUUUCAUCAACAGACUACAUGUUUGAAAUUUUUGAAAGAGUGAUUAGGAAAUGAGUGUAAUACAGCAGUCAUAUGUAUUGUGCCAAGAAACCAUGAAUUUCCAUUUUCUAUUACAAAACUUUGAAUAGAACUACUCGUCCACUACAACAACAUAUUGAAUAAUUAUGUUGAUAUAUGUAUAGUAUUAUUGAGACAUUCAAGAAUACAUAAAGUACAAUUAAGUUUUUAGCGUUCCUUCUGGUGGUACUUAUACUAAAAUACAAUGACACUUGUGCAAGGAUUACUUGGACAAACGUGAAGUUUAUACCAUACACACCGUACACUCUGUUUUUACAUUUGUACACUGAAAGUUAGAACUGAAACCUCUGACAUAGAAUAUAUCAAAAACAAGAAUUGCUCCCAAACACCAAAACACUCUUAUUCUCCAAUUUGACGUCUUCAGGAAAUGAAAUAGACUAAUUCAUAACUUUCAAUUUCGAUCACACGUCAAUAAUUUCUUGCCUACUCAUUGGAGGGAAAUUUUCCUGUGAAAGUUCUUGCUAAUUCUUAACAUUCAUAUAAAAGUAAACAAUGUGCUAUUUGAAAUAGGACCGUUCAUAGUUGUCUUGCCAAACUUUGCUUCUUUUAGACUUCCGAAAACAUCCAAAUGUCUAGAGUCAUAUACUGAUCUUAAAAAUUUUAGACAGUGUUCGUUCAUUCUAUGACCGUUCUCCAAGGCAUGUUGGGCCGCACUAGAUUUUUCUGAUCUGUGAUAUCGGAAAUGUGCGGUGUAGCUCUUUGAAACAAUCUCGAAUAGUUCAUUUAGUCUGAAUAUAUAGUCCCCACAGCUUUUUUCAUAUAUUCCCUACUUCUCAUUUUCCAACAUCUUGUUUUCAGGGUUACCUAACAUUUUUUUUUCUGAUUGAUUCAACCGUUACUUGAUGAAGAUCCAUAGUAAUUUCACAAACUACACCUAAACGUUGUGAUAUAUUUUUUCAAUAAAGUUUGUGGAGAUCAAAUCGUUUAGGUGUAGUUUGUGAAAUUACCUAACAUUUGUUGAAGUGAGCAAGACAUUUUGAAGGCUACAAUCACUUUCACCUUUCCAACUGAAAGCAAUGACUAUCCUUCAGAUAUAGUAGAUAAGUUAAUUGGGAAACAUAAAAAACACUGGUUCACUGUUCUUCAGCAUGACCCAAGUUACUCAAACGCUAACGGAUUGAAUCGCAUCUUGGAAAAGCUGAACGAGAAAGUAGCACUGUGUUAGUGUUGACUUUCAUGAAAAAAAUUCUCAAGUUGUACCCAGGAAAGUAUUUUCUGUCAUAUAUAAAUAGGCUAGGUUCAGUGUUGAGAAUUCGUCUACUUUGUCUCGUGACGACGCUAACUCGGUUGGUAGAACGCACGUUGAGAAGAUUAUUGAGGUUAUGGUGUUUGGGAGCAGUGUUAUUUGGGAUUUACAUUUGUAGAGAAAAUCAAUAUGAAGACUAUUACUACAUCACAGCGUUAAAAAGUAUUAUGUAUAUGAGAACAUUGUACUUACUCUGACAUGAAGAAAUUGAGAGAAACACACCAAAACCGUUAUGUGGAAGGCCAUCACAAAAUGAUUUUUAGCAUAUUUUAAGCAAACUACUAUAUUCAUAUUCUUGGUAUUUUAUAUUUCAGAAAACUCCAAAUAACUGCAAAAAUAUUUUCUUCAGAUUCACAUAACGGUUCUAUUCUGUUGGGUAGUUCAAAAUCCAAACAGUAUAUGUUUGUGAAAUGUGUAGGAUCCACACCAAUGUCAUCUAGAAAUAAUAUAUGUACUUCAAUCUUGAAUUGUGAAAAUUUAAUCGUCUAUAAUAAUGUCAGGGACUUACAGUACAUUAUUCUGAAAGUUCUGUAAUUCUGACUCCAGUUCUGGAUUAUUAUUAUUUUCAAACGUUUGAGACCAAGAUUUUCUGUAGUAGUAAAUAGAGGGUCAGAUAAAGUUAAGUAUGUGAUGAAAUAAUAUAAUAUUGUCUGACUACAACAUGCAAAAAAUCAACUAUUGUUGAAAGUAUUUAUUGUAUUAUCCUGCCAAGCAUACUUCUAUUUUUUUAUUUUUCAUAAGUAUGUAAGAAUAAUAAAAAAUGUAAACAUGGCUUUUUAUUGAUUUGGCAUUCACGACUAUUCCAACUUUUUUCUUCUUUCAUCGACUACUCUCCUUUAUGAGUCUUGAUGGGUUGAAUCUGAAACGUGUGCUAACCUUGUAGGAGAAGAGCAUUAUAGAGUCAUUUUUUUAAGCAAAGUAAUGCCUUCUCAUGCCCAUUUGAGUUAUACCAAUUUCUUCUCAUAAAAUUGUUAUCAAGUUUAAGAUUUAUCUCGAAUUGGUUUAUAGCUUUUCCAAAGCCUUUGAUGUUUUUUUGCUGGUAUUUGUAGUUUAUCUGUCGGUAUUUAUACUUUAUGAGUGGAAAUGAAAUCCAGACAGAAUCUGCAUUUUAAGUAAUUUGAGAAAAUAAAAAAAUGCCGAUUUUGGUUGAGAUAUGGAAAAGUCUUUUUUUAUGGUUGAAUAAUAGGAAAUGAACGAAUGAAUGCAGAUAUAUUUGGUAACUAUGCACCAAGUUCUAUUUGAAAGUUGUUCUUGAAGUUUGAUCAGUUUUCAAAUAUGGCUAAACUGAAACUUGAUUCUGUUCUGUAUUCCUUUGUGUACUUGGGACCUUAUAAUAUAUAAUGUUUACAUGUAUUUUUUUCAAAGAUACUAAAACAGUGCCUUGUUUAUAGAAAGUAUUAGUAUGAGCCUAUUGGAAAUUAUAAUGUGAAUAAAGUAAUUUGUUUUA